AUGGAUCAUGACUCAGUCGCCCCCUGGAACCGCACUCCCUCCACCCCUGUCUUCCUCCAUACCUCUCCCAACCCACGAUGGUCCCUGUACAGUCUUUCACAGGUGGGCUGCUGGGCACAGGUGGGGCUGCUGGUCACAGGUGGGGCUGCUGGUCACAGGUGGGGCUGCUGGUCACAGGUGGGGCUGCUGGUCACAGGUGGGGCUGCUGGUCACAGGUGGGGCUGCUGGUCACAGGUGGGGUUGCUGGUGCUGGUGCUGGCGGCUGGCGCUGGUGCUGGUUCCUGGUGCUGGCAGCUGGCACUGGGGCUGGUUCCUGAUGCUGGCGGCUGGCGCUGGGGCUGGUUCCUGGUGCUGGCGGCUGGCGCUGGUGCUGGUUCCUGGUGCUGGCGGCUGGCACUGGGGCUGGUUCCUGGUGCUGGCGGCCGGCGCUGGGGCUGGUUCCUGGUGCUGGCGACUGGCGCUGGGGCUGGUUCCUGGUGCUGGCGGCUGGCGCUGGGGCUGGUUCCUGGUGCUGGCGGCUGGCGCUGGGGCUGGUUUCUGGUGCUGGCGGCUGGCGCUGGGGCUGGUUCCUGGUGCUGGCGGCUGGCGCUGGUGCUGGUUCCUGGUGCUGGCGGCUGGCGCUGCAACCGCCGGUGCGACGGGCGAGGUGCAAGGUGGCGCUGGCUGCAGUCGAUGGCGCAAACGCGAUCGCGGGCCGCUGGCGACUUCGCUGGCGACUUCGCUGGCGGGUCGCUGGCGGCGGGUCCGCUGGCGUUCGCCAUAGCGUCCGCCGCGCCCGUCGCGCUGAGAGCCGCGACGAGGCAGGCGACGGGGGGCAGCGCGAGCAGCAGGGAAAAAAAAAAGAUACGCAAGGUGCGGAUUUCGCGCCACUAA